UUUUAAGUAUUGACAGCUAUUUAGUCGAGAGAUCAAAGUCGGUUGGCGAGCACCUGCUUCAUUUUUGAAAAAAGAGUUUUGAAAACAUAAACAUACAAUAAAUCGUCCAACAUGAGAACCGCAGAAGUUUUAGUCACCCUAGCUGUUUUUGGCUUCUGUUGUCUUACUUUUGCAAACUCCUUGAGGUGCUACAGUUGUACCAGUACUAAGGACUGCAAGAAGCCAAGUAAAUUGGAAUGCAACUCUGACGCGGCCAAUAAAACACGUGAUUACUUAAAUCUGCUAUAUACGGGGGUACCUGGUACGAAUUUCACCAGCCUAAGUUUUGUGUGUGUGCGUGAUUGGUUGAAGACAUCCUCCAACGAAUUCACAUACAAGGGUUGCGCCUAUAGUAAUUACCAGAGUUGCAGUUAUCCAGUGAAUCCAUAUUACUCUCAACAUCACGAACGUAAGUGCGCUCAAUGCAACAGGGAUGUCUGUAAUCCCGCCGCACGUGCUAACGGUAGCCUAUUGACAGUGAUAACGACAAUUGUGGCAACAGUUGUGGUGAAAAGUGUGUGGCGCAACUGCAUUUUUUAAAUAAAUUUCCGAUUUACGUACAAAAAUGUAUUGAUUCAAACUUUAGUUGUGCGAUUUUUUAUUAUAAAGGUUGCCAGAUGUUUUCAGCAGCACUAAAUAGUAGAGAACUAUAAUAGACUAGCAGUUUAAGGUGGAUAUUCACGAAGCGUGUUUACUUGAAAAUCUUUAAUAAUAACAAUUAUAUUGUGCUAUUUGAUUGUGAAGUUGCCACCUGUUCAAAUUUUAUAAAUUUUUUGAAAAUAAGUUGUGAUUAAAAAAAUUGGUUAAAUCAUUAA